AGCAAAGAAGACCGAGAAAGGUCGAAUCGAAUAUCGGGCGGAGUAGAAGCGAUCGCAUUCGAUGGCGGAAGGCGGCGAUGAUCCCCAGCGACUGAAGAAGAUUGCGGCGGCAGCGUACGACUACGAUAACGACGCUCGAUGGACGGAUUACUGGUCCAACAUCCUGAUCCCUCCUCACAUGGCUUCUCGCCCCGAGGUCGUCGAGCACUACAAGCGCAAAUUCUACCAACGCUACAUGGAUCCUGAUCUUGUUGUGGAGCCUAUGUCGUCGACUUCUUCUUCGCAAUCUGCAAGACCAUCUGCUACUCCUGCAUCUACUGCUAAUGCAAAUGAACAACAAGCUCGUUCUCGGAGCUCAGGAUCGGUUCCUCGAACUGCUGGGCCGUCUGCUACGACAGGUGCUGCAAACCCAAGUUCAGUGCGUUGGGAUCAGCAGACUAUUCAGUUUUCUGUCAAUGCUUGGGUUUUUGUUAUAGCUGUGCUGGCAGUGUUACCUUUAGUACCAAAUAAUCUCUCUAAUAGAGCUUAUCGUCUAUCUUUCAUGGGAACUGCGUGCUCAUCUCUUUAUUCCUUGUACUCUCUUUACGGGAGGCCAAGGGCAUGGAAUAUGCAAGGGAUGCAAGUUUAUUUUCAAUCAAUUGUGGGAGCAAAGGAUUUCAUCUAUUUCAUCUACUGCCUUACAUUUGUCACUUCAAAUCUCUGUCUCAAGUUUGCUUUGAUUCCCAUCUUGUGUCGAGCACUUGAACAAGUAGCCAAGUUCUUGAGGCGUAACUUCACUCGCUCCACCAUAUACAGGAAGUACUUGGAAGACCCUUGUGUGUGGGUGGAGUCAAACACAACUACCCUCAACAUCCUCUCAUCGCAGGCUGAGAUAGCCAUUGGCUUCCUUCUGAUUAUCUCUCUGCUUUCAUGGCAACGCAACUUUAUACAGACAUUCAUGUACUGGCAGCUACUGAAGCUGAUGUAUCAAGCACCAGUAACAGCAGGAUACCACCAGAGCAAUUGGAGCAGAAUCGGAAGGAUGGUGAAUCCGAUGAUCCAACGUUACGCUCCCUUCUUGAAUACUCCGGUGACUGCCGUUCAGAGAUGGUGGUUCAGGUGAAAAAACAAACAAGUUGCAGAGUUGACUUUUGAAAUCCUUUAAAAGAAACUACGAUUUUAGCUUUCAAACACAACAGUCCUCGUCUUAUCUGUUCCAGCUUUCAGCGUAAAGUAGAUUCUUGUAUGUUUAUUGGUUAUAAAAAUAUUACUGUUGCUACUAGAGAUUUUGACUUUCUUUUGGUUA